AUGGUUUGCAAAAAGUGUGAAAAGAAAUUGACAGCUGUAGCAGCACCUGAUAAAUGGAAAGAAGGAUCAAAGAACUCAACGGCUGGCAAAGACGAUCGUAAAGUUAAUCAAAACAAACUUUUAUCGAAAGCAGCCAAAAUAAGAUUCAAUCCAUACGAAAGCAAGUGUCGCAUUUGCAAAAGCAAAGUAAACCAACCACAAGCACAUUACUGUCAACAAUGUGCAUAUAAGCGAGGUAUUUGUGCCAUGUGUGGCAAGCAAAUCCUUGAUACAAGCAGUUACAAGCAAUCCUCAAAGUAA